AUGCCGCGAUCUCAACACCCUGCAUCCCGUCCAAACCAUCACGCCAAUAACACCGCUACGUCAUUCAUCAACCCGUGGCCGUCAGCAGCCCUACCAACAUGGACUGAAUUGUUCCAAAGCUCAUUUCCAUUGGGCUGGUAUAGCAAAGCAACCUUGCAUGGCCAUCAGAAGGCGCGGAAGAUCAAAGUCGUGAGCCCAGAUUGGGGUCACCCAAAUGCGGAUGGAUUAUGGGAUGCAGACACCACUGCCACAACCCCUACCACUCCACAGUCCAUCAUCGGGACAUGGCUUGGACACGCCAGUGCGCUUGUCGAGAUUCCCCCGCUGCAAAACAAUAAAAACAACCACAGCGCUCCUGACGGCCAGAAAGAGAAAGCCAUCCAUCUUCUCUUCGACCCAAUUUUCUCCACCCGCGCUGGGCCAACCCAGUAUCAAGGGGUGUCGCGCUUCAAAGGACCCCCCUGCAAGGUCGCAGAUCUACCAGGCUGCGACGCCGUCUUCAUCUCGCACAACCACUACGACCAUCUCGACGUGGCUUCAAUCAAAGCCAUAUUCAAGCAUUUCCCUCACGCGAAGUAUUUUGUCUCGCUGGGCAUUAAAUCGUGGCUGCUGGCCACGAUAAAGGUCGCGAAGGACGAAGUUGUCGAGCUCGACUGGUGGCAAGAUCGUGAAUUCGAUAUAUCCAGCCUCGGCCUCACAGCGAUUUCGAGGAAUUCACUUGACCAGAUACAACAGAAGACAAAGAAACAGCCGACCUUGAAAAUCUCAUGCGUCCCAGCCCAGCACAACUCCGGCCGCAGUCCCUUAGACCAAGCCGCCACACUAUGGUGCGGGUGGGUGGUUGAGCGCUUCUCUUCGCAAGACCAAGACCCCUCCUCCUCCUCCUCCUCCUCCUCCUCCUCCUCCUCCUCCUCCUCCUCCGCAGACCAAGCUCAAUUCACCCGCAAAGGAGCAAUCUACCACGCGGGUGACACAGGCUACCGGCGGCACACGGCCUCAGGUUCGCCCAUCUGCCCGAUCUUCACCGCGAUCGGCGAGCGGUUUGGCCCGCUCGACCUUUGCUUCAUGCCUAUCUGGCGUGGCGGCAGCCUGGGCUUCAUCUCAUACUUGGGGCUUCGCCUAUCGCAUCACGAUAUUCCCGCAGCCUUACAUGCCUCACCCACCGACACUGCCGAUAUACAUUUGGCCGUCACGGCACGGAAUACCGUUGGCAUUCAUUUUGGGACGUUUGUGGGUAGUGAGAAUGAGACGGUCGAGGCUGUGACUGAGUUUGCGGAUGCCUGCGAGCAGAGGGGUAUUCGUUGGUUAGACGAGGGAGGGGAAGGAAAUGAGGAUGGCGAAGUUGCUAAAGAGGACGUCAAUGGGAGGGCUGGGGUCCUCAACGUUGGUGAGAGUCUCGUUGUUGACAUCUUGUAA